CUGGUAAACAAACGCGGCACAACGAAGGAGUGGUGGUGCUGCCGGUGUGCUGUGUGGUGGUCUCGUCCUCGUUUUCCUUCACUCCAGGCUGUCUUGUGCUGUGUAGAGAAGUGAAGUAGGUGUUUCAUGAGAAUAGGUGCAGCUGCCAUGGAUUCCUCAGAGCCACCUCCACCACUGUCAGCAGAGGAAGAGUCUGCUGUUGCUCAGGAUGAAAUGAAUGCAGAUGAAACAGACUUAAAUAAAUUAGAAGAAACUGAAGCUGCUGUAAUGUCUCUUCUUGCUUCUGAAGCUGAUAAUGAUGAAGCCAUUGAACAAAGUCAAGCUUUGCUUACUGUUAGUGAAUCAUAUUCUGGUAUAGGGGAUUCUGAUGAAUUCCCUGUCAAAGAAGCAUCAUCAAGAACUUCACCACAAGACAGUGAAUCAGGGAUGGUUGAUGCAGCAUUUAAUGAAGCUACUGUAAAACUGUCUGAGGGACUCUCAUCUUUGGUAUCUUACUCUUCAUCCUCAGCUGAAGUUUCAGCCUCAGAAGAUAAUGGUCAAGAUGAUCCAGAAAACGAUGCGGAUGAAGCUGCACCUCGUGUUGAAGGUACUGUCCAGUUUGUUGAAGCAGCAGAGUCAGGAUCUGAGAAGCUGGCAGAGGAGGUCCAGCAGGAAAGUUCUUUGGUAUCCCCAGGGGAAGUGUUGGCUGCAGCAGCAGAUGCCCUUGCUAGUGCAGCAGACAUUGAGCAGGUACAUGUGGAGGAAGCAGAAGCUGUUGAUAAUAUGGCAGCAGCACUUGUCAAGGCUAGUUCAAGUAUGGCUCUGAACACAGACCUGGCCACCAUGGAUGUGGAGGAACCAGCCAUUACGGAGGUGAUGAACAGUGAUCAAGAAGAAAAGACUGAUGUCCAGACUCCAGUCUUUGCAGAGGAAGGCAAUGUUACACAAGCCCAUCCUGCACAGGAAAGAGAGGCUAGUACUGAAGAGUGUGUUCAAGAAUCUAAAGAUGAAGUGGAAAGUUUGCAAAACCUGGCAAAGGAAACUGUCCAAGAAGAAUUAGUGACUGCCUUUGAUGAGGAGACCCAAGCUGCAGAGAAGAAGGAUGAAGUGGAUUUCAAGAAGGGUAGCCUUGAGACAGAAAAUGCACCUGAAUUUGUUAAAGAGUCAAAGAUACAAAAAUCUCCCCAAGACACAGAACAUGAAAGCUUUGCAGAUCCUGGACAAGCUUCUGUUCCUAAAGAAAGUGCUGAUAUUGAUACUGAAGUGCAGAUGAAAAAGGAUGCCGUGGAGAAUCCACCAGCUGAAUAUACUCCCUCUGUCAUAGAUUCCACACAGACUGCUAAAUUAUCACCUGAAAAUCUUGAUAUGAAUCCUACUGAAAAGGAGCUGGUGUCUCAUGAAAAAGAUGUGAAUAAGGGGAAAGGAAUAAAGAGAUCACUUGAAGAAGAUACAGAAGAGCCUGUGGAAAGCCAUGAAAUGCAGGAAGAGAAAAGAUUACGAAAGAGUGAGCAGGCAAUGAGUCCCUCUCCACAGACACAGGUGGAGAGGGAGGAGCAAGAGGAGGAACAAGACACACUACAGGAAGAAGAAGCAGAGCCAAUGGAAACAGAGGCACCUCAGGAAUUGGAACCAGAAAGCAGCACCAAAACACAGGCAUUUGAUCUUUCAGUUAUUGCAAAAGCUGAUGAUGGUAGCCGAGAAGGUGAAGGAGAAGAGGUGGGAGAAGAUGAAGGUGAGAAAAAAGAUAAUGAUAUUCAAGAGAAGGACAAGGAUGAUGGUAAAGAAGAUGAAGAGUCAUCAACUCCAUCAAGAAAGAGGAAGAAGAAAAAGAGAUCCUACGAAAGACCAAGAGGAGAAGGGGGCAAAUUCAUGAAGGAGAAACCAGACCCUUCAAUGCUAGAUGAGGAGACACGAAUGGACUACAAUCUGCCACAAGAUGAGGACUCGCAGGGCUCGGCUUCCAGGAGAGAAGUACGCAGGUUCCGGUGUGAAGUCAUCGUCCCAGAGAGCACGGAGGUGUUCACUGCAGAGAAGGUGGUUGAGUAUGUGUGGCCACUGGAGGGUGUUGGGGAACACUACUUCAUUCAGGAACAGAUUUCACAGUACCUGGGCAUCAUGUCUUUUAAGCGACGGUACCCUGAUCUGCGCCGUCGGCCCAUUGACAUGCAGGAAAGGGACUACCUUAAGGAAAAAGGCCUGGUGUCUGACAUGGCAUGUGACUUAGGACUGACAGCAGUAAGAAGUGAGGAUGUUCUGGAUGUCAUGUUUAAUGAUUUUCCUGCAAAGUUUGAGGAACUUCAGCGUCUUUUGCGAGAACGUAAGGAGAACGAAAUGAGGGAGAGAGGAAAAGUGAACUACUCCAUGGCCAACAUUGACAAGUCCAAGAUGCAGGAGUAUGGGAGAAAAGCUGCUGCUGAUGCUGCUCGCUGGAAUGCCAAUUUCAACAAGGAGAAAAGAGAAGAACGGAGAUACAGCUUUGAUCUUCAGACAUUCACACUGCAGAUGCCAGCAGGCCGAGGAAAGAAGCUUCCUCCAGCAUACACCAAGAUUGGCUUUUAUCCGGUUGCUGUCCUCCCGGGCCAGUUCACCAACCACUAUAGAGAGUAUUCCUCCCAGGCCCUGAAGACCAUGCCCCUGACUACCAUCAUGUCAGCCCCAGUUAUUGCAGAUCAGCUGGGCUCUGAUGGUGGCAGCUCAGACUCAGAGGAUGAAACCUGUGAUACUCAGAGGGCCGUGCUGGAUGAUAAUGGGAAGGAGGAGAAGGGAGGCGAUGGACCACGCUGCAAGGUUUGCAAUGGCACCAAGAACCGCAACAAGGGUGGCAAGCCUGAGCCUCUCAUCAUUUGUGGCAGCUGCAAAUCAGCAAGUCAUCCGACCUGCAUUGACCUGACUCUGGUGAUGGUGCCCAAGAUUGAGUCAUACAACUGGCAGUGCAUGGACUGUAAGACUUGUGUUACUUGCAAUGAUCCAGAUGAUGAAGACAAGAUGAUCUUCUGUGACAUGUGUGACCGAGGGUACCAUAUUUAUUGUGUAGGGCUGAGGCGGGUUCCUAAUGGCCGCUGGCACUGCAAGGAGUGUGCCAUGUGUUCAUCAUGUGGUUCCAAGACACCUGCUGGCAAUGAGCAUCUCAAGAAUGCAGAGUGGCAGCAUGAGUUCAAGAAGGACAAGGACAACAAGCAGCUGAGGUACGCCACAACAUUGUGUGUUCCCUGCGACAAGUACUGGAAGAGGCGGCAGUUCUGCUACGUGUGCCUCAAAGUGUACAGAAGCAUUCCGGAGGAUGGGAUGGUGCGCUGCUCCAACUGUCCCAAAUAUAUACAUAGAGAAGUCUGUUCAACCAUGUAUGAAAAUGAACGUUUUUGCAUCAACUGCUUCAAGAUGCGUAACUCAACUGCCCUAAAUCACUCACGCAUCAUUGCAGCAGCCAAGAAGAAGAUGGCCUCAGGCUACUAACCUGAAAGUCAGAAGCAAUUCCUCUGAAUUGAAAUCAGGGGACUGCAGCAAAACCUAGAGGAAGCACUGCUGAAUAUUAGUACCAUACCAUAUAAAGGGGCUACUUGUACAUUGCAAAAAGACAGAGUUAUUUAAAUUUGUCACCCAUUGUCUUAGUGAAACACAGGCCAGGGAUCUUUUACUAUAAGAUGUCCUAGGAAUAAGAUGCCAAAAUUGUAUUAUUGUUGUUGGAAAGUUGAGCUUUUAAAUUUACACCAGUCCUCAGUGAACAAGAGGAGUAUACCUAUAGUUCAGCUUAUUGUCUUGCUUUAUGACUUUAAAGAACACUAUUUUGAGUGUAAGUAGGAUCUAGAUCCCAGUAUUUGGGUAUUUUGACUUUAUACAGAAGAGGAGGGUACAUAUUGCAAAUGUAGUUUACAAUGUCAAGAACAUGAUUGUAAACGCAUGUCCAUCAUGGUUUGGUGGGGCUUAACACUUUCUGAAAUGCAUUUCCCACCUGUUAAGUGAACCAUGAACACAACAGUGUUCUCAGCCAUUGUAAGGACUAUUGUCACAUAAAUCCUGGAAAUACAUAUAGUAGUGUUUGCAAAAGAUAUAGCACACAUGCCCUAGAUUACUGAUGAAAAGAACCAAAGUAUUUCUGAUUUACUGUAAUACUGUAGCCAGUAGCUAACAUCAUGCACAGGCAUCUCAUUCCAUUCAUUAUGGCUCAUAAAUAGAAUACCCCAACAUUUCUUUAGUUCCACUGUAGCUGAUACAUUUGCAAUAUGUACUGCAUCUGUAUACAUAAUACAAAAUAAUCUUUAAGCUUACAUUACAUAUAUUUCAUUGCUGCUGGAUUAAGACUUGCACAAGAAUAUAAUAAUUUGAUCAUUUAACAGAAUUUUUCUAUACAUCUUAAUUUUGUUCAUUAUUUUUCAUGAUCAUGUCCCAUGUUACAAAACAAUAUGACAGCCUCAGUUUGCGAAACCACUGAGGAAUAGGGUGAUAUGGACCUGGGGCUGGGAAUGAGUAUAACACUACUGAAUAGCAACACUGAUACAAGUUGAAAAUCCCUUAUUCAGAAUGGCUAGAACUGGAUUUUAGAAUACUGAAGCAUGUCAAUUAUUGUACUUGUGAAAACUGGGAUUCAGUGAGUGUGAGCUUGCUUUAAUUUCUGCUGCUACAAAGACUGUUACAGCUUUCUUGUUGGCAGAAAAAAUUACAUAGUUUUCUGAUGUGUAUUAAAGUAUGAUGGUUUGAAUAUUUGAUAAAAGAGUGAGCCAUAAUGUGUAUACGGAAACUUAUUAGCAUCCCACGUGAGGGGAUAUCAAGUGCAUUCUCAUGUCACCUGUCAGUGAUGUGAGGCUUUAGUUCUGUGCAGUGCACUCUGAAAUGCAUGAAGUUAACACUGCUAAUACUGGAGAGUUCUUGUGUCAUAUAAGCCCUUGAAUAUUUUCAGAUUGUAGAAUUUUGUGAAGGGAUUCUCAAUAAGUAUCAUUUAAAAAUCUGCAAGUCAAGAAAUAGGUGAAUGCAUAGUGGCAGCAUAGUCUGUGGCUGAUCUUGUUCCUGGAUUUAUAUGAAAUAAAGCAGUUUUGUGUUGUCUGCUUUGAUCUGAAUACAUGUAGAAACAUCCAUUGACUGAGGUAGACCACUGGAUUAACUUGCAGCAGUGAAGCAGUCAAUUGUAACAAAUUAAAAACUACUUCUAUGAUUGAAGAACUCAAACCUUAAAAUUUCAUUAUCUUAUACUCAGUAGGAAAGAAAUGCUAUUGCAACAGACUUGGAUUUCCAUACACAUUUCCAUAAUAAACUAAUAAUGAUAUCUUGCAAGACUUAAUCUUGAGAUUAAUAAUAUUCUGACUUAAUACAUAUAUAUAUAUUCUGACAAUGUAUUUAUAAAGUACCAUGAAAGACUUGAAAGUAAAGCUCAGACUUAAUUAUUAUUAUUAUUUUAGCAUAUGAAUAGUCACACUUCACAUUCACCAGCAAAACAAUGGCAUUUAUAAAAAUCACCAACAUAAAGUUAAUAUAAAAUAAUCACAUAAUAAUAAUAAUAAUAAUAAUAAUAAUAAUAAUAAUAAUAAUAAUAAUCAUAAUCAUAAUUAUCACCUUAAUAUAGAUGAAAUCUCAUGCUCAAAUAAUUUUCUCAUAUAUUCAUAAAGAAUAUACAGUAUUAUCUGAUAUCAUAGCUGUCACUGAAAUAACAGUGCCAGACAAAAGCAUUGCAGUGUACAAAAUGGCUAAGAAGAGGCACUAGGUGUCAACAAAAACUAUUAACAAAUUACAACAGCAUCUAUUUUCCACCAAAUAAAUUUGGAACCUAACUUCUUAGUUUUCAUAAAAUAGUCUCUGUAACAAAUACAGCAUCCUGUAACAAUGAGUAUUAUCUUUUUUACGUAAUAUUAGCAAAUUAAACUUCCACAUCCUAACUCGGAUAUUUUGCCUUGGAAUCCCAACAUUCUUAUUUCCCAUCAGUACCAAGUAGUACAACUGUAUUAUAUAAAGUGUACUAUGGCAGUAUUCUUAGCUAUUCUCAUCUAGAGUAGAGUUUACAUUAUUUCUCUGUGAGGGACAAUUCAAGAAUGCGCUUUAAAGUUUCUUCUUCCUGUCUCCUUCUGGCCUCCUCCUCUUCUUGAUGCUGCUGUGACAGAGAUAGAGCCAUAGCCAUCUCUGAGUCCAAUAUGCUGCCUCCUGGUGUCACAGCCAGACCUCCAGGCACAGCUACAUCCCCCUCUGGCUCCAUGCGCAGUUGGGGCAGAGUAGUGGGUUGAGAGGAGGGCUGAAUGCCACCUCCUCCCUUAGUGUUCAAAGCCAACGACUCCUCAAUGGCUCUACAAAGAGAAUAUAAAUCCUUUAUUCAGACAUCUUGAAGGCAGUAACUUUCAAAAUCUGGAAGUUUUAUAUCUAUGAUCCAUCUGUAAUUUAUUAACCACACAAGUGGACAUAAACUGAGCUCUAGACCUGUAGUCACUCUCAAUUUAAAGUGUAUAUCAAAGGUACUGCAUUUAAACAAUCAAGAAUUCUGUAGUGCCAAUUUGGUUCCCAAAUAACAAUAACUAUUACUAUGAAGUAGCUUUAAGCUAGUUCAACUGGGAUUAAGAAAGCAAGAUUCAUGUAUUAGUUUAAGGAACUCUUGAUACAUAAGUAAUCCAAAUAAACCUAACUUUCUCACCUUUGCAGCUGUGCAUCCUCCACUGUCUGUAGUCCCAGCUGUGCUGGAGUGUUGGGACGUGAUCCUGGCUUGGAAUUGGGUCUGGACAAACCAAGAGGACCCCUGGCAUUAACUUCACAAGAUUACAAUAUAUAUAUAUAUAUAUAUAUAUAUAUAUAUAUAUAUAUAUAUAUAUAUAUAUAUAUAUAUAUAUAUAUAUAUAUAGAGAGAGAUAGAUAAAAAGGCAGAAAAAAUAUUCCACAAGGACUUCUGAUACCUGCCUUCCUUUAUGGAGAAGAUUGAUGGAGGUGAGAAGAAAGACAGAAAUGAGGUGCAGUUAGAAUUCAUGCACACUAACCCUUGUUUCCCAGGCGGUGGGCGGUGGUCAGCCUGCAGUGCUUCCCAGAUGUCCACUUGGUCUUGUUCUGUGCCAGCCUCAACUAAGGACUGUUGAAUGGCAUACUGCAGCAGUGCAUCAUCUUCAUCCAAGCUCAUCUGCAGAUGCUGCUGGUCCGAGUGACCUGUACCAACAUAAACAAACAACUGUGUUUCAGUCAAGUUCCCAACAGUAUAACUGUAGACAUGGACAUUUCUACCAUCCAAAACCUUACACUAUAUUGCAGAACAAAGCUGUAGAAUUUGCAAUAAUGAGAGUAAUUAUAACUGAUGUUUUAUGGUAAAUUUUCUAAGUGAAGAAAUAAUUAAUUAAAGAGUAGGUUAAGCAUCAUUGGGUUACUCAGAAGAUUUAAAUCAAUUUUACUUAUUCAAAGUCAAAGGCUUCCUGAGAGUAUUUAAAAUAAAGUAGUACAGAACUGCA